GGAGGUACGUAAGGCCGCUCUGGGCACUGGGGCGCCCAUCUCACUGGUUCGUUCGGUUCUAGGAGCGGAUCCGGGGUAGAGGGAGGAGAGCUCCGGGUCAGGGACCGCCGCCGCCGUCGGGGAGUCGGCCCGCCAGCUCGCCAGCCAGCCAGCGCUUCGCGUGCCCUGCCAGUCACGAUCAGAUUAAACAUUGUCUGGCUUGCACUCUAAAACUGGUUAGCUGAAGACGACUUCUCAGGUUUCUUCAGGAUGCCGGCAGCACUUGUGGAGAAUAGCCAGGUUAUCUGUGAAGUGUGGGCCAGUAAUCUAGAAGAAGAGAUGAGGAAGAUCCGAGAAAUCGUGCUCAGUUACAGUUACAUUGCCAUGGACACAGAAUUUCCAGGAGUUGUGGUGCGGCCAAUUGGUGAAUUUCGUAGUUCCAUAGAUUACCAGUAUCAGCUUCUGCGGUGUAAUGUUGACCUUUUAAAAAUUAUCCAGCUGGGCCUUACAUUCACAAAUGAGAAGGGAGAAUAUCCUUCUGGAAUCAAUACCUGGCAGUUCAACUUCAAAUUUAACCUUACUGGCUAUGAUUUUGGCUAUAUGGUAAAGUUGCUUACAGACUCUCGUUUGCCAGAAGAGGAACAUGAAUUCUUUCAUAUUCUGAAUCUUUUCUUCCCAUCCAUUUAUGAUGUGAAAUACCUAAUGAAGAGUUGCAAAAAUCUUAAGGGAGGUCUUCAGGAAGUUGCUGAUCAGUUGGAUUUGCAGAGGAUUGGAAGGCAGCACCAGGCAGGCUCAGACUCACUGCUGACAGGAAUGGCUUUCUUUAGGAUGAAAGAGUUGUUUUUUGAGGACAGCAUUGAUGACGCCAAAUACUGUGGGCGGCUCUAUGGCUUAGGCACAGGAGUGGCCCAGAAGCAGAAUGAGGACGUGGACUCUGCGCAGGAGAAGAUGAGCAUCCUGGCGAUCAUCAACAAUAUGCAGCAGUGACGGUGCCAGGCUCUGCAGGGCGGGCCUCAUCCCAGAUUGGUGCUUACUGUGCUGACUGUACUCACCUUCCCCAAGAGAAAAUGCUUCUUUUGAGCAAGCUGUACCUACCAUCUGCAUUGAGCAGAAAGACUUGUUUUACCGAAGACAAAAGAUGUCUUUAUUUUAGAUCCAGAAGAGAGGAGUUUGCUCUGAAUUUAUAAACAAGUCUUCCCUGUUCCUCAUCCCCAAGUCUCUCCUCUCCAGUUGCCUCUUGCCACCAGCAUCCAUGGCUCAUUUGACACCUUUUUAAAUAUCCAGGACAAGUCUGAAACAAACUAGUAAAAUGUAUAUAACUCUUACCUGUUGUCAUUCUUUUUUUAAAAAAUUUGUUGCUACUCUGAUAAUGAAGAUUCUUGCUCUGAUUCUCAGCUGAGCUGAGGGCUUCCAGGGAAAAUGGAACAAAAUGGUGUUCUUGUGUAAUGAGUUACUGAUACUGAGUCUUCCUUUCCUUUUCUAACCCUUCUCGAAGACAUUUGCUUUCCUCACACUUUCAUAGUCUUUCUUUACUUAUUACUGUAUGGAAAUGAAUUGCUCAGUGCUGAAAUUUGAAGACCAGAUAAUGAAACAUAAAAGCAAACAAUUUACUGAAUCUGUCUACCCUUCAUUCAUGAGAACUCCAGAAUGAAUGUUGACCACUGAAGCGUCUUUAAGUCUGUGUGUUCCUUUGUGCCACUGAGGUUUGCUGUCACAUAUACGUCAUCUGAAGUCAUCUGAAAUUUUUGUAUAAUAUCCUGGAUUUGAUCCUGAAGGAAACUAGUUAAGAUCAGAUUUUUGGGUCAUGUCUGUUGUACUUUCAAUAAUGUGAUUUCAGCUGGUCAUCUGGAUUCUCCCACUUCUCCAUUUUUCCUGCUUUUCCUUCUAGCAAACCUGAAACAUUAGGGAGAUGGAUUAAUGUGAGUACCAGGAAUAUGUCUAAAAAGCUAGAGUAGUUACAUGUAAACAGGCAGUAAGAUAAUUUGGGUUCUUGAGUUGUUUUGGAGUAAUAUCCCACAACUGGGGUAGGAAGCUCAGGACUUUUUUUUUUUUUUUUUUUUUUUUUUUUAAAGCUAGUCAUUUAAAAAGUAUACUAUAUUUUUUUGAAUGACUACAGUAUGGACAAUUUCAAAAAACCAAAACCCCUUUUGGAUUGGUAGAAAUAAAAACUGGUAACUCGCUGAAAUGAAUGAAUGGUUUUGCAUUUUAAAAGCUUAUGGAAAACUCAAUUUGAAAUGAUUCAAAAAUGUCAAGUAUUAUAAGCUAGUAUUUAAGAUGAUUGUAAAUAUUAUUUAUGUUUUUAAUUUUGUAAAAUAAAGAUUUCUUUUUAACCACUGGCA